AUGUGGUUCACCGGCGGAGGAGGAGGAGGAGGACUAAGGGAGCUUUGUAGAGCCUCCGCGGCUGUUUUAGAGAACAAGAUGAGCUAUAACUCUCUGUUGGUGCGAUACAUGUCGAGAGAACGAGCUGUAAACGUCCGAAAGAUAAACCCAAAGGUUUCGAUCCAAAAAGCUCACAUCAUCUCCACUUCUCUCUACGAUGUCUUCAAGAAACAUGGUCCUCUCUCCGUUCCCAACACUUGGCUCCGCGCUCAGGAAGCUGGGGUUAGUGAAAUAAACAGCAAAACUCAUAUGAAGCUGUUGCUGAAAUGGAUGAGAGGGAGAAAGAUGCUCAAGUUAAUCUGUAAUCAAGUUGGUUCCUCUAAGAAGUUUUUUCACACGAUUUUACCUGAAGAUCGUCAACAAGAGACACCACCUCCUGCUGCUGCUGCUGCUGCGCCAACUGAGAACAAGAAACAAACCUUCAAGGGAAGAAGCAAAUAAGGAUAUGAACAAGAAACAAACCUUCGUGCUCUCGUCUAUUUUGCAAGAAUAUAGGCACAUACAUUAAAGUUUAUUUUUCAUUUCCUAUCGGUUAUCGGUUGAUCCGGUUGGUCUCAGAAAGAACGCAUAUAAUGCUAUAGAGUAGAGCAGGGCUUGGGCCCUGUGCUGAUUAAAAAAAUUUCUAAGCUAAUCAAAUAUGUAAAGCAAGAUUUUAACUAUUAGUGUAUUAUGCAUGUGAUUUAAUAAUUUAGGAUCCUUAUUCCUUAAGAAAAUUGGACAAAAAAUAGUGGAUCCAGUGCAAAUGCACUGUCAGCAUUGGAUCAGAGCCGGUAC